GACUCGCUGUCUUAGGGUGGGCUUACCUCGAUACGUUUCACGUCUCAUAUUCAUUGGUUUUAUCUGAAUAACAAUCAUAAUGACUAGCCACGGGCUGCAAAAAAUUAGUAAUGAAGAAAGGGAGUCCAAAUUCGGUUAUGUAUAUGCCGUAUCUGGUCCUGUCGUGACUGCUGAGAAAAUGUCAGGAUCAGCUAUGUAUGAAUUGGUCAGAGUAGGAUAUUAUGAGUUGGUAGGAGAAAUUAUUCGUCUAGAAGGUGACAUGGCAACUAUUCAGGUAUAUGAAGAAACCAGUGGUGUAACUGUAGGUGAUCCUGUCCUUCGUACUGGAAAACCAUUAUCAGUAGAACUUGGACCUGGUAUUCUUGGCAGUAUCUUUGAUGGUAUUCAGAGACCAUUGAAAGAUAUCAAUGAGCUUACAGGCUCUAUUUAUAUACCAAAAGGUAUUAAUGUACCUGCACUUUCAAGAACUAUAUCAUGGGAAUAUAAUCCAUCUAAUAUAAAAAAUGGCAGCCACAUCACUGGUGGAGAUUUGUUUGGCAUAGUUUAUGAGAAUACAUUAGUGAAGCAUAAAAUGAUUUUGCCACCAAAAAGUAAGGGAACUGUCACUUAUGUUGCACCUGCUGGCAAUUACACAGUUAAUGAUAUUGUUUUGGAGACAGAAUUUGAUGGUGAGAGGCAGAAGUAUACUAUGCUUCAGGUGUGGCCUGUACGUCAACCUCGUCCAGUUACCGAAAAAUUACCAGCUAAUCAUCCAUUGCUUACUGGUCAACGAGUCUUGGACUCUCUGUUCCCGUGUGUCCAAGGUGGUACAACGGCAAUUCCAGGAGCUUUCGGUUGCGGUAAAACUGUAAUUUCGCAAGCUUUGUCCAAGUAUUCGAACUCUGAUGUUAUUGUUUACGUCGGUUGCGGAGAGCGUGGUAACGAAAUGUCUGAAGUUCUGCGUGAAUUCCCUGAGUUAACAGUAGAAAUUGACGGAAUUACCGAAACUAUUAUGAAACGUACAGCUUUGGUUGCUAAUACCUCAAACAUGCCUGUAGCUGCUCGUGAAGCAUCUAUUUACACUGGUAUUACACUAUCAGAAUACUUCAGAGAUAUGGGUUACAACGUAUCCAUGAUGGCCGAUUCAACAUCUCGUUGGGCAGAAGCUCUUCGUGAAAUUUCUGGUCGAUUGGCUGAAAUGCCUGCCGAUUCCGGUUAUCCUGCCUAUCUUGGAGCUCGUUUGGCUAGUUUCUAUGAACGUGCGGGAAGAGUGAAAUGCUUGGGUAAUCCUGAUCGUGAAGGUUCUGUCAGCAUAGUAGGUGCUGUAUCACCACCUGGUGGUGACUUCUCCGAUCCUGUUACUAGCGCAACCCUUGGUAUCGUGCAGGUAUUCUGGGGUCUCGAUAAGAAACUUGCACAACGCAAACACUUCCCAUCCAUUAACUGGCUUAUUUCGUACAGUAAAUAUCUUCGAGCUUUGGAUGAUUUCUAUGACAAAAAUUACACAGAAUUCGUUCCCCUGAGAACAAAAGUAAAAGAAAUUUUACAGGAAGAAGAAGAUUUGUCUGAAAUUGUACAGUUAGUCGGUAAAGCUUCACUUGCCGAGACGGAUAAAAUCACUUUGGAAGUUGCGAAACUUCUGAAAGAUGAUUUCUUGCAACAAAACAGUUUUUCAGCGUACGAUCGUUUCUGUCCAUUCUACAAAACUGUGGGAAUGCUGCGGAACAUGAUCGCAUUCUACGAUAUGGCGAGGCAUGCAGUUGAGUCUACCGCACAAUCAGACAAUAAAAUAACGUGGAACGUUAUUAGAGAUAGCAUGGGUAACAUUCUUUACCAAUUAACUUCCAUGAAAUUCAAGGAUCCAGUGAAAGACGGUGAAGCAAAAAUCAAAGCCGAUUUCGACCAGUUACACGAAGAUAUUCAACAGGCAUUUAGAAACCUAGAAGAUUAAUUAUCAGAAGCAGUCAUACAAACAUAAGUUCUCUGCGUUCAGGAACCUUAUGCUGGUCAUUUAAGGAUGUCCUGGACCUACUGGAGAGAAGUAUAACAAGCAUUCAUAAUCACGUAUCGCACAUUAAACUGUUACUAUAUUAGUUUCAAUAAUUACG